GGUUAUAAUUUUAGCCCAAAAUUUUAAAGCUCAACCCAAUCUUUUGCUGCUGUUCAUCUACCGACUUGGUUGGAGGAUGUCUAUAGUGUAAAUAGCUCCCGGUCUUUAAUCAUGUUCAUCAGUUCAUGGAUUAUGUAUAUAUAUAUAUAUAUAUAUAUAUAUAUAUAUAUAUGCCCGUGAAUACGAGGAGGAGGAGGAGGAGAGAGAGAGAGAGAGAGAGAGAGAGAGAGAAGUCCAGAGAGAACAUAACACAACACACGCACAGCUCUCGAGGAACUCUUGUGUACCUUUGAAUCUUUGAUUACCUCUGAAAAUACUUUCUCAGGAAUGAUGGACGGUGUUGAUGCAUCAUUGGUGGCUCGUGGACGCCUGGCCGUCCUCUCGGCGCACCUUUCGGCCUCCAUUGAGCCGCUUGUAUUCUCGCCCAUUCUUGAGACGUCGUGCGUCUCCGCUCAGUCACCGGAUCCGCCGCCGUCCAAUCUCAGAGGGUCUUUGACGAUCAUCGAUGAGAGAACUGGUAAGAAGUAUCAAGUCGAGGUCUCUGAAGAAGGAACUCUGAAAGCUACCGACUUGAAGAAGAUAACAAGUGGAAAGAAUGACAAGGGUCUCAAACUUUAUGAUCCAGGCUAUCUGAACACAGCUCCUGUCCGCUCGUCAAUAUGUUAUAUUGAUGGUGAUGAGGGGAUACUUAGAUAUCGAGGCUAUCCAAUUGAGGAGCUGGCUGAAAGUAGUUCCUUUAUGGAAGUGGCUUAUCUAUUGAUGUAUGGUAAUUUACCUUCUGAAAGUCAGUUAGCAGACUGGGAAUUUGCUAUUUCUCAACAUUCAGCUGUUCCUCAGGGAAUUUUGGAUAUUAUACAGGCAAUGCCUCAUGAUGCACACCCCAUGGGUGUUCUUGUCAGUGCAAUGAGUGCCCUUUCUGUUUUUCAUCCUGAUGCCAAUCCAGCCCUUAGAGGCCAAGAUCUCUACAAGUUGAAAGCAGUGAGGGAUAAACAAAUAGCUCGCAUACUUGGGAAGGUGCCUACCAUUGCAGCGGCAGGUUAUUUGAGGAUGGCAGGGAGACCUCCGGUUCUUCCAUCCAGCAACCUUUCAUACUCAGAGAAUUUCUUGUAUUUGCUGGAUUCAUUAGGCAAUAGGUCUUAUAAACCCAAUCCUCAACUUGCUAGAGUUCUAGAUAUUCUUUUCAUACUACACGCAGAACAUGAAAUGAAUUGCUCCACAGCUGCAGCCCGGCACCUUGCAUCCAGUGGUGUGGAUGUAUACACUGCUUUAGCUGGAGCUGUUGGAGCAUUGUAUGGUCCCCUUCAUGGUGGUGCUAAUGAGGCUGUGCUUAAGAUGCUUGGUGAGAUUGGAACUGUUGAGAACAUUCCAGAGUUCAUUGAGGGUGUUAAAAACAGGAAGCGAAAAAUGUCAGGUUUUGGGCACCGUGUAUACAAAAAUUAUGACCCCAGGGCAAAAGUAAUAAGGAAAUUGGCGGAGGAAGUAUUUUCCAUUGUUGGGCGUGAUCCUCUUACUGAGGUGGCUGUUGCUUUAGAGAAAGCUGCACUAUCAGAUGAGUAUUUUGUCAAAAGGAAGCUAUACCCAAAUGUUGACUUCUACUCUGGCUUAAUCUAUAGGGCAAUGGGAUUCCCCACGGAGUUCUUUCCAGUUUUAUUUGCAAUACCUCGAAUGGCUGGCUACCUAUCACACUGGCGUGAGUCCCUGGAUGAUCCUGAUACUAAGAUAAUGCGACCACAACAGGUGUACACUGGGGUAUGGCUGAGGCACUAUAUGCCUCUGACAGAGCGGAUGGUAGGAAAGGAAGCAGACAGGCUUGGUGAGGUGCCUGUUUCAAAUGCUACCAGGCGGCGCUUGGCUGGAAGCGGGGUUUAAGGCUCCUCCUCACCGGGAUCAGCAUCUUAAUAAUAUCAUAAAGCUCCGGAUAAUCCUUGUAAGGUGCCUCCUUUUUUUUUUUAAAAGGAAAACUAAAAUAAUGUUUUCAGUAGAACCUGAAGAUAAUGGAUUAUAGUGGAGAGGUGUGACAGGGGAAGGCAUAGCUCUAUGAUGUGUGAAAGUAUGGAGGAAGAUUGUUGUAUCCAAUAAUAAACGGACCAGCCCAUUUAAUUUGUUUAAUUUGGAUUUCAGCUGUUCUAACUUAUUGUCAUUUUGUCAAGAAGUGGAAUCUAAUUUUCCAUUCAAUGUAAAAA